AUGAAUACCAAAGGUGAACUAAUCCAUGUUAGAGGGAACACCCUCGAUCGCUUUGUACUACACUCUACAUUGCUACGUCUGAUCGACCCAGUUCGAGGCAAACCGACCCGAAGUACACUCGAUGAGAACCCAGACGGUAGCUUUUUGGGUACAUGGCAGCUCCAGCAAAAGUUUCUGGACUCAUUUGCUCUCAUUUGCUCAACGUCUAGCUCAGGAGCAGAAACAGCUACGGCUGUUUGUCUGGAAAUACAUGACCAGAUUGGAAAUAUCCUCCGUUUGGCGCGCAACCGUGGUUUGACAUCUGAGGAUCUAGAGGGACUAAAAAGAGUCUUGCAAGUCCUGCAAGAGGUCUCUAGAAGGAAAAAGCCAUCAUCACAAGCCGAGAACGAGGUUCUACAACUGGUUGCUGAGCUUGACAAAGGCCGAAUCUUGCCAAUUGCAGAGAGGAUCGAGAAGCGAGGCAUUCGCCAGUUCAUACGAAAAACACAAUCUGGAGUGCAAUACAGACAACUACAGUCAGAAAAGUUCAAAACCUGGCUCGAGAGCUGCCCUUUCACAGCCUCUACUACCCGUAUCCAGGAUUGGACUUGUGCGAUCACUGUCAAGCUCAUCCAUUGGGCUUCGGAAGCUCGAUGGCAGUACGCUGAGCAAUUACGAACUUUACUAAAACUUGAUGAAUCACAAGGUCAAGCCUGGUUGGAUAAUCUACACAAAGUCGCUCGCUAUCAUUCUGCAAUCAAAUCCAUGGUCAAGUUUGCCGUGAAGGAGCCUGGCAUCUUCGUCAAUAUCGGCAUCCGACCGAUCAAUGCUCCUAAUCCACGUCGGUUCAAACUCCCAAAUGACGAAGCUCCACUGCUUGCAAUCGUUGGAAGGCUUUUGGGAAAAGAUGCAAAUUCAACAAUGGAGAAGCUUGAAAAGCAUUUGGGCACCCAGCAUGUUGAAACGAGGCUGCGUAGAGCCUGUCCCCUAAAUCUGACGCUUCAUGCGGAGAUGCAGAUGGUUGUUUUUUACGAAGGCAACCCUGGUUUAGUCCCUCGCCUGAGGCUCAUUGGGACGAGUAAAAAAGCUUGCUUUCUUUGCAACAAAUAUCUGCGUUAUCAUCCACUCCGGCUGCAAGCUUCUGCUUGCCACCAAAAGAUUUAUCCGUCGUGGAUGCCACCACCAUACUACAACGUCCCAGGAAAUUCAGCGCAACGCCCCUACAUAAACCUAAGUCGCGAUAUCGAGAACUUGACGAGGCAGGACCUAAAGGUAGCAUUAACUGCUCCCACCCGGCCACCAAACUAUGAUUCUACUGCUGGGCCUUCUCUGACCUUGACAGCAACUGUACCUACGGGACCCAGGUCCCUGCAAAAUACUCAAGCGAGAUCUACGGUUCAAGAUGAAAGUUCCUCAGAGGGUUCUGAUUGA